UUUUAAAAUGUCACAACGUUCGUGGUGUGGAAAUUGGCGAUUUUCGUAGGGAAUUUUGGUUAAAGAUUAGCGCUAAAAGCCACAACAACAAUUAACAAAAAUGUCUAGAAAUUUGCAUGACUUAAAUAAACGUCUAAUUCAAUGCAAGUGACAAAAAGCAUAUAAAAGCAGAAAACACAAAGCACGCAACGCCAACAACAACAAAAAGAAAAGCAAACGUCGUCGUCGUCUGUCAAACAGGCCACUGUCAAGGAUAACAAUAUGAAGUUGCUUGGUCGCUACGUGGACAAGGGCAUGCAGGGCAAUGUGACGCUCAUGCCGGAGGAGUCGGAGGACAUGUGGCAUGCGUACAAUUUAAUAGCCGAAGGCGACAGCGUACGCAGCACUACUAUACGCAAAGUGCAAAAUGAAACCGCCACCGGCUCAUCCACCAGCAGUCGCGUACGCACCACCCUAACCAUUGCCGUGGAGAGCAUUGACUUUGACACGCAGGCCUGCGUGUUGCGGCUAAAAGGACGCAACAUUGAGGAGAAUCCCUAUGUGAAAAUGGGCGCCUAUCACACACUUGAUCUGGAGCUAAAUCGCAAGUUUGAGCUGCGCAAGCCAGAGUGGGACACCAUAGCGCUGGAGCGCAUUGACAUGGCCUGCGAUCCCACACAGUCAGCAGAUGUGGCUGCUGUAGUCAUGCAGGAGGGCCUAGCACAUGUUUGCCUUAUCACAGCCAGCAUGACGCUGGUGCGCAGCAAAAUCGAAGUGUCUAUACCCAGAAAACGCAAAGGAAAUGUGCAGCAGCAUGAGAAGGGAUUGGCCAAAUUCUAUGAGCAGGUGAUGCAGAGCAUACUGCGACAUGUUAACUUCGAGGUGGUCAAGUGUGUGCUUAUAGCUUCGCCUGGCUUUGUGCGUGAUCAGUUCUACGACUACAUGUACCAGCAGGCGGUCAAAAUGGACAUCAAGGUGCUGCUGGAUAACAAAAGCAAAUUCAUGCUGGUUCAUGCUUCCUCUGGUUUUAAGCAUUCGCUUAAAGAGGUGCUGCAAGAUCCAGCGGUUUUGGCCAAAAUGUCCGAUACCAAGGCAGCUGGCGAGGUUAAGGCUUUAGAACAAUUUUAUAUGAUGCUACAGUGUGAGCCCGCCAAGGCUUUCUAUGGCAAAAAACAUGUGCUGCGCGCAUCCGAGGCUCAAUCUAUAGAAACCUUGCUCAUUUCCGACAAUCUAUUCAGAUGCCAAGAUGUUAAUCUCAGGAAAGAAUAUGUCAAUCUGGUCGAAUCAGUGCGUGAUGCUGGCGGUGAAGUUAAAAUAUUCUCUAGCAUGCAUAUAUCGGGAGAACAACUUGCCCAACUCACAGGCAUAGCCGCUUUAUUACGUUUUCCCAUGCCCGAACUGGAGGACAGUGAUGAUGAAGACGACGAGGAAGGUGCAGCCGGUGGCAACGACAGCGAUAGUGAUUAAGAAACUAAAACUAAAACAAUACUUAGCAUUUUUUAUAAAAACAAAAACGAACGAAAAAACAAUUGUUAGCAAACAUGAACAUGAAAGAAAACAAAAACACAUCUAGUGUAAUAGGUACUACGACAGACUUGGACUGUGUCAGGGCAUAUACAAUACUAUAAAUAUGCAAUUACAAUUUUUUAGGUUUAUUCAAAUAUAUAAUAGGCGACAGUUUGCAAAUUGCAUCGACGCGCGCGUUAGUUAAAAUUAUAAUGGAUUUAAAAAACUGCUUUCAAUUUCUAUAACAACGGCUAUAUAAAGUUGUUAAAUUUAAAACAUAAAAA